UUCCCUUUUAAUGAUCUUAUCUCCUAAACCCUAUUUUUCUCUUUCUCAUUUACUUUUCAAAUGAUCUUAUGGAACACCAAGAUGAUGAUCGCCAAUCCUAUGUCCACCACCAUAUUGCUAGGAAACUCAACUUCAAUGCCCCUCUUUUGACCACACGUCGCCCGGCCGCUAAUGUCGAUCUCGAUCGCCUCAGUAUCUCUGGGUCUGCAAGAAUAUCGUUGUCAACAACUAGUGAUCGAGUUCCAUUUUGUUGGGAGCAAGCUCCGGGCAAGCCUAAGGAGUAUGUUGAGAGAUGUCACGCUGCUGCUCAUGGUGGUGACGCCAUCACUCCUCGUCCUACGCUUCCGCCUGGAUGGUGGCGACCACCCGUUCAAACAAGAAGAAACUCUAGACAUCUUCAUUGCAACGAUGGUCAUAGAUGUGAUGACAAUGUAGAUGUUGAUGACGAUAAUGACGAAAAUUCCAGCGGCAGUGGGUAUGUCUUGUCUGAUGUCAUGGAUGUCUUCUCAUUAUCAGAGGCCAUUGACAUAGUUGAGAAGGCCGAGAAAGCGCGUAAAUUUUCCGAUGAGUUGAACCUAAAGGAGUUAAAGCUAUACGAAGAAGAAGAGGAAGAAGAAGAAGGGAAAAACAACGGUAAUUACAACUGCUCAUCAAAUUUCAUGAUCGAGCGGUUUCUACCCGACGCGACAGCAUUGGCAGCAUCGUCGAUGUUGAACCGCCAUGCUUUCUCACCACAGAGGGUGGCGAAGCGGCCAUUUUCUCCGCCGAAAGGUUGUGGGCUAGUCGUGUUGUUUCCAUGGCGGAUAAAGCACCACCAUCAGCUGUGUGGGGUGAAGAGUCCGGUGAGGGACGGUGGUCGGAGCCUGGGAUCAAAAUCUUCAGCAAAACAAAAGAAACAUCAUUAGAUAUUUACUUUGAUUUACUCCUUUUGACGACAAAAACACUAAAUUAAAUUGUCUCUUCCAUAUGUUGUAUAAAUUAUACUAACGUAGUAUACAAAAAUGCAUGCACAACAUGAUUUUAACGGUAGUUAA